GCUAGUUACACUGCAGAGAAAAAAGGGCAACGCUACGUUAGCUGAGAGCCUUGUUUGUUACGUUGCAGGGUUGACAGGGGGAAAAUGUAGACACCGAUGAACCCUAAUACCAGCCCAUGGUGGGGAGUAUUAAUGGAAGUUAGCUACUAUAACUGUUAGCUAGCUAACGUAAAAGGUUACAUUUACAGUUAACUUGGAGUUUUCUGAUGUUUGUUUCUUCAAUAUUGGCUCAAGAGUCGCUAAAUCGCCAAGUUGUUGCCAAGAAGGUCAAUUUGUACGUUACGUUUUAGUUUCGGUUGCGGGUGGGAAAGUGACAGGUGUUGUUGUCAGUCCUCGUCCAAACAUAGUUGAAGCUGGGCUUGUCAGCUAACGCUAGCUAGCUGCUAUGAUGAGAGAGUUCAUAGCUAGUGUCGUGUGUGCUUCCUACCAAAAACAGGAAUAGCCUAUCUAACUUAGAUAGAAGUGUCAAUACAACAUUUAGACAGUUUAUGCCAUUCCGUUUCAAGUUACUAUUUAAAUUUAGCAAGCUACAGAUCAACCAUCAGUUGAUUGCCAACAAAACCGAGAAGUUAUUGAUUGGAGCCAUUGCGCUUAACUGUUUAGCUGUAGCACGUUAACUUUAGUUACAUCAAGUUUCAGCCUGAUUUUUCCAGCAUGUCUUGACUCUCAGCGUCUCAAGUCAGCCUGAAACUUGAUGUAGCCUAGCUAACUAAUUUGCCAUCUUUAUUAGUGUCGGACAGUGUUUAUUUUAGCUAUAUGUUAAACAGCUGAUUUGACGGUGUCUGCUAGCCAAGCUAACUGACCAAUUCGAACUCUAAUGCUCUCUGUACACCCAUUGCAACACUUUCUCCCUCCCAGCCAUGCUCGUGUACUUACUGGUACCCUCUGGCACAUUUCUUUGAUCUAUCUGUUUUUGCAGCACCAACAAAGUCUUGCCCCAGCGUCAAAUAUAAGCUAUGCUUAAUAAAAGUUGUAGUUUUUUGUCAUUCAUCCAGAAAGGUGCUGGGUUAUUGUAAACACUGACACCCUCCUGACAGUCCAAGUCACUCAGGCCCCCCUCCCUUAACCCCACCCGUUCCCCUCCCCUACCCCCUUCCACGAGCAUCCCACCCUUGACUAUGAAUGAGGUCAGCGUAGUCCGAGAAGGAUGGCUCCACAAGAGAGGUGAGUACAUUAAGACUUGGAGGCCGCGCUACUUCAUCCUAAAAAGUGACGGCUCCUUCAUCGGCUACAAAGAGAAGCCUGAGCUGUCCGUCCAGAGCUUGCAUCCGCUCAACAACUUCUCAGUGGGAGAAUGCCAGCUGAUGAAGACAGAGCGGCCCAAGCCUAACACAUUCGUUAUCCGCUGCCUGCAGUGGACAACAGUCAUCGAGAGGACCUUCCAUGUAGAAAGCAAUGCAGAGAGAGAGGAGUGGAUGCGUGCCAUCCAGGCGGUGGCCAAUGGGUUGAAGGUGCGAGAGGAGGAAGAGCCCAUGGACCUGUUUGGCUCUCCCAGCGACAACAGCAGCAUGGAGGAGAUGGAGGUGGCCAUGUCCAAGACCCGCUCCAAAGUGACGAUGAGUGACUUUGACUACCUGAAGCUGCUGGGGAAAGGCACAUUUGGCAAGGUUAUCCUGGUGAAGGAGAAAGCCACGGGGAUGCACUACGCCAUGAAGAUCCUGCGCAAGGAGGUCAUCAUCGCUAAGGAUGAGGUUGCGCACACGGUUACAGAGAGCAGAGUGUUACAGAACACCCGUCAUCCCUUCCUCACAACACUGAAAUACGCUUUCCAGACUCAUGACCGAUUAUGUUUUGUGAUGGAAUACGCCAACGGAGGAGAGCUCUUCUUCCACCUGUCUCGGGAUCGCGUGUUCACGGAAGACCGGGCCCGUUUCUAUGGCGCUGAGAUUGUAUCUGCAUUGGAGUACCUCCACUCUCGUGAUGUGGUAUACAGGGACCUGAAGCUGGAGAAUCUAAUGCUGGACAAUGACGGACAUGUUAAAAUCACAGACUUUGGGCUAUGUAAGGAAGGUAUCACGGAUGGCGCCACCAUGAAGACCUUCUGUGGCACCCCAGAGUACCUUGCACCGGAGGUGCUGGAGGACAAUGACUACGGUCGCGCUGUGGAUUGGUGGGGCUUGGGCGUGGUCAUGUACGAGAUGAUGUGCGGUCGGCUGCCCUUCUACAACCAGGACCAUGAGCGGCUGUUUGAGCUCAUCCUCAUGGAGGAGAUCCGCUUCCCCCGGAACCUGGCCCCCGAGGGCAAGGCGCUGCUCGCAGGCCUGCUCAAAAAGGACCCCAAGCAGAGGUUAGGGGGAGGACCAGAUGAUGCCAAAGAUGUGAUGUCCCACAAGUUCUUCACCUCCAUCAACUGGCAGGAUGUGGUAGAUAGGAAGCUGACUCCGCCCUUCAAGCCUCAGGUGACUUCGGAGACCGACACCCGCUACUUUGACGAUGAGUUCACGGCACAGACCAUCACAGUCACACCUCCAGACAAGUAUGACAAUCUGGACUGUGAGGACCCCAACCAGCCAGCGCACUUCCCCCAGUUCUCUUACUCCGCCAGCAUACGAGAGUGACAGUCUCCACCAUACACACACUGGAGAGACCCAUACCGCAUCAGCUCACACACUCGCGUCCACACUUGUAAAAAAAAAAAAAAAGACUGCAGUCUUGAGACACCACAGGCUGAUGGAUCUCUGGUUACAGCGGGGAUCUAAGUGCCUAGGCUUGCAGCCAUCUUGUCUUCUCAAACUUCGCCUACACUAUGGUCAUGCACAAAUGCAGCCUGUGAACCACACAGGACCUCAGUACCUCACGUCGUCAGCAGUAGCACAUCAGCCAUGCACAGGGAGGACUAGAACCUAUAGGUGGCGCUAUAGGACACUACUGCUCCUCAGAUUUGAGGCACUGAUUUAUCAUUUCGUUCUUCUCUCGCUCUUUCUUUCUCCCCUUGCCCCUCUCACACUAACCCAGUAACUCACACAGCUGGGGUAGAAGAGGGGAAAAAAAGUCAAACUGAUUAUUUUCAAAAAUGAGAAAAAUAUUACACCCCCCCUCCGAUUGUUACAGUUGAUAAGGAGUCAUAUUUCUGUGAUUUAUUCAAGUGGUCUUUUUCUGGAACUAGCUGUUACCAAUAGUGUUGAAGUAGUUCUACUGGGAGGGGGGGGGGGGGUAAAUUUGUGGUGGUGGUAACAAUUAAGAUGUUUCUCCCUCAAUGUGUUUGACUAUGCUUGGAGAGAAGCGAUACAAAAUUGAAUGUCUGCAUUUCGUGUGUGUCAGAGUGCGGUCGUGUUUGUGUGUGAGCUCGCUGAUUGACGUAAACUUGCCUGGCGAGUAUAAGUAGAUUAAUUUGCCACGUCACACUACACGGAUGUUUCCGACACUCAAGAACCUACUCUGAAAUAUGAGAAGAUGCAGGACAGAGUACUACCAUUUGAACUGUAAUCCAAUGAAAUGAACUAGUAUUACGCUCUUGUUUCUGACUGCUCGUUGUGAAUAGAACAGCAAGUGCUACAGAGGAAUGGGAUUUAGGGAAUCACUGUACAAGGUGUACAUGUACAUUUUGUAAAACCCUGUUUUUAAUUAAGGACUGGUCUCAACACCUCUGCUCUGAGACACACCAGCCAUAUGAUUUACAAGCGUCGACGAGCACUGGGGCUGCAGUUACACAGGCAGUCCAAUUGAUAUCUUAUGACCAAUCACAGAUCUUUUUCAGAGCUGAUCUAAUUGGUCAAAAGACCAAUUAGUGAAAAGAUCAGAAUUAUUCUACCUGUGUAAACGCAGCCUUAUAUACUUAAGCAGACCUCCUUUUACUCUAAUUAUAAGAUUUGUAUGUUUUAUUGUUAUCUUGUUGCUUCGCACAAGUAUUUUAUUUUUUCAAUUGUCAUAAACGGCCACAAAGGUAUUUAUGAGUGGAUCAGUGAAGGGUUGCCGUUCUGGUCACAACACCAGGUGUGUGUUGAAUGUAAUCACGCCUGCUCCUAGUUGCCUGGUCUCACUGCUGACGGUUGCUGGUCGAGACGAGGAGAUUCAGGUUGUUCUCAAAUGUUCUGUUAGUCAUGUGAGCCUUGUGUCCAUUGUGUGCCAUUUUGAAAUCAUUUCUGAGAGGAACUUUUCUCUAUUCCACCUUGCUGUUUCCCUGACCCCUUUGAAGACAUUACUACUCUCGUUUAAGAAAACCAUUCAUAAAUGUCUAAAUGAAAGUCUGUUUCCCCUGACUUAUUUCAAUUAAAGGAUCUCAUUGUAUGUA